GGCGCGUAUGGUCCAUGCGGAUGCAGGACGCAGAGUAUACGAUGAGUUCCAGUGGACAGCAUGCUUGGUGGCUCGCUGUAUAGACUUUGAGCUCAUUCGCCUAUACUGCCCGUUCGCUGAGAACCGACGGCACGGCUUAUCGCUUCCACAUCUAUCUCCUGCUCUGCAUGUUCUGCUCUGCUCUGAUCUGAUCUGCUGCUGCUAGAGUCUAGACUCGGUUAUCGACCACGAGCAUGAUAUAGGCGUUACGCGUGUCUUGCGCUCUUGGUUCGAAUGCGGUCGCACCGGCCCUUGCAUACCCACGAUGACCAGUACCAAGUCCUUCACAGCCAUCCGCCCUUGCCCUCCAAUACCGUAGCCGUGAUCAUUCCCUCAUCGUCAACGGUAUGCCACAGUCACGAAGGAGCGUCGCUCGCGUGGGCCCCCAACCAAGCAUUUCGCCGACACACUUGCUGGACCGGAGAACAUGUCACAACGGCCCAUCGAGCAUUCCCACCAUGGUGAGGCUAGCAGCAAUCGCGAGACACGAGGCCGGCAGUCCAACCGCUGACCGAGUAGAAGCGAGAUCACACUCGAGCCGGAAAGAAGGUUUGCAGCCAAGCCAGCCUUGUUCUCCGCCACUUAUUGUUAUGCCGGCAGCGUGCAUCAUUCCUGCACCGAACUACUCUCAACCGCUGGCACAGCUGAUGCUGCACAUGCUCAUGACUGCAUUCGAAAGUAAGUAUGCAGAGAAAACGAAAAGGCUUACCCAUCAUCCUUGAUCUGAAUCGGCCGGUCAUGCACAUCAUGCCCGUCGGCGAAGCCGCCAUGAUCUACGUCCUCCAUCUUGAAAGUGG